ACCAGGGGCCAGGAUUACCCUCUGAGAUCCAGGCCACCACAAAUGACAUCAUUCCCAGCCUGGGCUUAAAAUCUCCCCAUGUGGGGGGACCCGCUUCCUUCAGCUUCUGCUACCUGCUGACUCUGUCUAGGACCUGGGCCACCAGGAGAACCCUGUCCCGUUUCUGGAAGGGCCGUGGACCUGGGCCGCGGUGUCCCCAAAGAUCAUGAUGGCGUAUAUGAACCCAGGGCCCCACUACUCGGUCAACGCCUUGGCCUUGAGUGGUCCCAGCGUGGAUCUGAUGCACCAAGCUGUGUCCUAUCCAAGUGCCCCGAGAAAGCAGCGGCGGGAGCGGACCACCUUCACCCGGAGCCAGCUGGAGGAGCUGGAGGCCCUGUUCGCCAAGACUCAGUACCCGGAUGUGUAUGCUCGCGAGGAAGUGGCUCUGAAGAUCAACCUGCCCGAGUCCCGGGUUCAGGUCUGGUUCAAGAACCGCAGAGCGAAAUGCCGCCAGCAGCGCCAGCAGCAGAAGCAGCAGCCGCAGCCCCCGGGCGCACAGACCAAGGCCCGGCCUGCCAAGAGGAAGGCGGGAAUGUCACCGAGAUCUUCCUCGGACGUCUGUCCAGACCCCCUGGGCAUCUCGGACUCCUACAGCCCCCCUCUCCCCGGCCCCUCGGGAUCCCCCACCACGGCCGUGGCCACAGUGUCCAUCUGGAGCCCGGCCUCAGAGUCCCCGCUGCCCGACGCCCAGCGGGCAGGCCUGGUGGCCGCGGGGCCGCCUCUGACCUCCGCACCCUACGCCAUGACCUACGCCCCGGCCUCUGCGUUCUGCUCUUCCCCCUCAGCCUACGGGUCUCCGAGCUCCUAUUUCAGCGGCCUGGAUCCCUACCUUUCACCUAUGGUGCCCCAGUUGGGGGGCCCGGCUCUCAGCCCCCUUUCUGGCCCCUCUGUGGGGCCCUCCCUGGCUCAGUCCCCCACCUCCCUGUCUGGCCAGAGCUACGGCACCUACAGCCCCGUGGACAGCUUGGAGUUCAAGGACCCCACAGGCACCUGGAAGUUCACCUACAACCCUAUGGAUUCUUUGGACUACAAGGACCAGAGUGCCUGGAAGUUUCAGAUCUUGUAGAA